AAGUUAAUUUUAAUCUCAUAAUACGACAUUUAUUAACAAACAUAAUUAAAGUGAAAAAGCGCUUUUAUAUAAAUGAACUAUUUUUGUGUAUACGAGUCCGAUAUUUAGACGCAACCAUUCUCACAGCGAUUGCUUUAGUCGGUAGUGACACUUCUAUCCAAGAUGGCAGCAUUAUCCAGGGUCAGACACAUGAAAUCAAAAUAUUGCAUUUUUCAAGCAAUUUUCACAUCCAGUAAGUGGAGAUGUCAGUUUGCGACGGAAGCCGCUAGAAAAAUUGACCUGCCCAGCGAUCUGAAGGAUGAUGCACAAGAAGGGUUACCUGAUGACAAGCCGGAAAAAGGCUACCCGGCGGUCAAACCGUGGAUGCCACCAGGAAGCUGGGGUGAGAUGACCCGCCAGCAGGCCUGGUUUUGGCACAGAGGUGAGAUAAACCACAUGGGCAGAAUAACUCACGUGAAAGAGAAAAUUAAGUUCUUGACUGACAAACAGAUGGUGGCCUGGAAAUUCCCCCCAAUUAAUAUCCAGCCAAAUGUUCUCAACUAUCAGCUGGAAGUCACAAACACAAUACUUGCUUCUAAGGAUGACAAGUAUUUAAAGCCAGAAAUUUAUCAAAAUGUCGAUAUCAAGACCGAUUACGAGGAAUUAAAAAAAUUGUGCAUUGAAGCCAUUGAGAUUGAGCAUGCUUUGCACAGAGAUAAACUGAAAUACCUAGCUGCGGCUAAAGAUGGAAGAGCAAAGUCAUGGCACGCUCUGCUUAGAGGACGACUUCUCACGCAAACAAUACUGAAUGCAAUUAUGAGUGGUGCGUCCAGAAAUCAUGAGCAUCUGCAAAGUUGUUCAGUGGAUAAAGAAGUGACUGUGGCUGCCUGUUUUCAAAGGAAUGGAGUAAAAAGGCCAUGGGUGCCCGUGUCAAGAAGAUCUCCAGACUUGUCUAAGGAAUUAUAUCUCCAGAACAAUGCCAUGUUUCAAGGGAAACAUGUGGUAGAUUUCCAAGUUAGGACCUUCUUGCCUUUACCACAGUUUAUCAGCCCAGACCAUGAGAUGUGCAUGCAGGCGGACAAGUGCGUCCCUCAGUACAACCCCAAGGUGCUGGGGCAGUUCAGAGAACUAACUCAGCUCGAGAUUACAUCAGGUUUUAAUCUGGGUUCUCCCAACGAGUUUACACACACCAGUGUGGUGUGUGAACAACUGGGCAGGCUACGAUUGGUCAGUGGUGAAGAGCACUGGGAGCAGAGUCACGCAGGCUAUGGCCUUGUCACAAACUUCCUGUCCUGUGUGGCGCAGGCACAUGUCCAAGGCUUUAACAUGUUCCAAGACCUCGUCUACCCCUUCACCGCACAGACCAUCCACACAGACGGACGGACCUUCCGUUUCUCCAUGUUCCAACUGAACUCACUGAAGCUUUGGAAGGACCCUAAAGCCAGUCCUGUGUCAAAUGUUGCGUGGAUUUCACCAGCAGACAAUUUAUACGAGGGUUUGACAGACGAUCGCGUGAUUGGUUUCAAUGAUGAGGUGUUCCAAAGGCUGUGUCAAUGUUUGCUGUUAAAACCAAGUAGCCGGGAUGGUAUUAAGUUAAAUCCUAAUGUGAAAUACAAGGCAGGGACUCCAAAAAUCUUGAAGUCUGUCAAGAAAGUAGAGAUUGAGGAGGAAGUGGUUUACGACAGAUAAAACAUGUCCUGAUAAGAUUUUUGUUGAGCCCUUAUGCUUACCAUGGUCAGAAAUUGUUUCAGAAAUGUAUUAACUGUGUUAUAUUUGCAGUUAAUGCAGCAUUGAAUGUAUCGUUAGAUUGCUGUGUGAUGUGUAUUAGAACGAUUGGUACAUACUGUUAUAUUAUAAACACAUCUUUGCUAAUGUAUGUUUACUGAGUGAGUUUUUGUGUGUGAAGAAAUAUGUAUGAACACAUGCUUGAAAAAUAUUAAAUUAUUCAUUUGAAUGUGUUAAAAUAAAACAAUUAUGUUACAA